ACUUCCAAACAUGGCGCACGCUGGCGGCGGCGGCGGCGGCGGCCCCGCGGGCCGGGGGCUCGGGGGCGCCCGCUGGGGCCGCUCGGGCUCCGCGGGCCACGAGAAGCUGCCGGUGCACGUGGAGGACGCCCUCACCUACCUGGACCAGGUGAAGAUCCGCUUCGGCAGCGACCCUGCCACCUACAACGGCUUCCUGGAGAUCAUGAAGGAGUUCAAGAGCCAGAGCAUCGAUACUCCUGGUGUCAUCCGGCGCGUCUCGCAGCUGUUCCACGAACACCCCGACCUCAUCGUGGGGUUCAACGCCUUCCUGCCCCUCGGCUACAGAAUCGACAUCCCCAAGAACGGCAAGUUAAACGUCCAGUCACCUCUGGCAAGCCAGGAGAGCUCGCACAACCACAAUGACUACACAGAGGACUUCAAGCAACAGCUGCUGUAUAAAGAAGACAAGCCCCAGACGCCCCUGGAGUCAGAUUCCGUGGAAUUCAACAACGCCAUCAGCUACGUGAACAAGAUCAAGACCCGCUUCCUGGACCACCCGGAGAUCUACAGGUCCUUCCUCGAAAUCCUGCACACCUACCAGAAGGAGCAGCUGAGCACAAAGGGCCGGCCGCCGCGCGGCAUGUCCGAGCAGGAGGUGUUCACCGAGGUGGCCAGCCUCUUCCGUGGCCAGGAGGACCUGCUGUCCGAGUUUGGCCAGUUCCUGCCCGAGGCCAAGCGGUCCCUGUUCACAGGAAAUGGGCCGUGCGAGAUGAACAGCGUCCAGAAGGGCGAGCACGAGAAAAGCCUGGAACACAGCAAGAAGCGCCCGCGGCCCUCGCUGCUCCGCCCCGGGUCGGGGCCAGCCAAGAAGAAAAUGAAACUCCGCGGCACCAAGGACCUGUCCAUCGCGGCCGUGGGCAGGUACGGCUCCCUGCAGGAGUUCUCCUUCUUCGACAAGGUGCGCCGGGUCCUGAAGAGCCAGGAGGUGUACGAGAACUUCCUGCGCUGCAUCGCCCUCUUCAACCAGGAGCUGGUGUCCGGCUCGGAGCUGCUGCAGCUGGUCAGCCCCUUCCUCGGGAAAUUCCCAGAGCUCUUUGCACAGUUCAAGUCCUUCCUGGGGGUGAAGGAGCUGUCGUUCGCCCCGCCCGUGAGCGAGCGCUCAGGAGAGGGGCUUGGCCGCGAGAUCGACUACGCCUCCUGCAAGCGCGUCGGCUCCAGCUACCGCGCACUCCCCAAGACCUACCAGCAGCCCCGGUGCAGCGGGCGGACGGCCAUCUGCAAGGAGGUGCUGAACGACACCUGGGUGUCCUUCCCAUCCUGGUCAGAAGACUCCACCUUCGUCAGCUCCAAGAAGACGCCGUACGAGGAGCAGCUACACCGCUGUGAGGACGAGCGUUUUGAGCUGGACGUCGUCCUCGAGACCAACCUGGCCACCAUCCGGGUUCUGGAGAGCGUGCAGAAGAAGCUGUCGCGGAUGUCUCCGGAAGACCAGGAGAAGUUCCGGCUGGACGACUGCCUGGGGGGCACGUCGGAGGUGAUCCAGCGGCGUGCCAUCUGCCGCAUCUACGGCGACAAGGCCCCGGAGAUCGUCGAGAGCCUCAAGAAGAACCCUGGCACCGCUGUGCCCGUGGUCCUGAAGAGGCUGAAAGCCAAGGAGGAGGAGUGGCGCGAGGCCCAGCAGGGCUUCAACAAGGUCUGGCGGGAGCAGUACGAGAAGGCCUACCUCAAGUCCCUGGACCACCAGGCCGUGAACUUCAAGCAGAACGACACCAAGGCCCUCCGCUCCAAGAGUCUGCUCAAUGAGAUCGAGAGUGUUUACGAUGAGCACCAGGAGCAGCACUCGGAGGGCCGCAGCGCCCCGGGCAGCGAGCCGCACCUCAUCUUCGUCUACGAGGACCGGCAGAUCCUGGAGGACGCGGCGGCACUCAUCAGCUUCUACGUGGCGCGGCAGCCGGCCAUCCAGAAGGAGGACCAGGGCACCAUCCAGCAGCUGCUCCGCCAGUUCGUGCCCGGCCUCUUCUUCUCCCAGCACCUGGAGCCGGGCGCCUCCGGGGAGUCCGCCGACGAGGGCCGCGAGAGCCCCCGGCCGGGCGUGGGGUCCGGCGAGCGGAAGAGGCCAGUGCCUGGGGCGCAGGGCAGCCCCCGGGAGGACCAGGGCGCCCCCGGGGAUGGCCCCGUGCCCGAGCCGCAGCCCAAGCCGCCCGACGACGUCUACCGCCUGUUCUUUGCCAACAACAACUGGUACUUCUUCCUGCGCCUGCACCAGACCCUGUGCUCCCGGCUGCUGAGGAUCUACCGGCAGGCGCAGAAGCAGCUGCUGGAGCACCGCUGCGAGAAGGAGCGCGAGAAGCUGCUGUGCGACGGCCGGCGGGAGAAGGGCAGCGACCCGGCCUUGGAGCUGCGACUGAGGCAGCCGAGCGAGGUGGAGCUGGAGGAGUACUACCCGGCCUUCCUGGACAUGGUGCGCAGCCUGCUGGAGGGCAGCGUGGACCCCACGCAGUACGAGGACACCCUGCGCGAGAUGUUCACCAUCCACGCCUACAUCGGCUUCACCAUGGACAAGCUGGUGCAGAACAUCGCCCGGCAGCUGCACCACCUCGUGAGCGACGACAUCUGUCUGAAGGUGGUGGAGCUCUACCUGAGCGAGCAGCAGCGCGGGGCCGCCGGCGGGAACCUGGCCUCCCGCUGCGUGCGCGCCGCCCGGGAGACGAGCUACCAGUGGAAGGCGGAGCGGUGCAUGGCCGACGAGAACUGCUUCAAGGUGAUGUUCCUGCAGCGCAAACGGCAGGUGAUCAUGACCAUCGAGCUCCUGGACACGGAGGAGGCCCAGACGGAGGACCCCGUGGAGGUCCAGCACCUGGCUGACUACAUGGAGCAGUACGUGGGCACCCAGGGUGCGCCGAGCCCCCCGACCGAGGGCUUCCUGCUCAAGCCGGUGUUUCUGCAGAGGAACCUGAGGAAGUUCCGCAGGUGGCAGUGCGAGCAGGUGCGGGCUCUGCGGGGCGAGGCCCGGGGCUGCUGGAAGCGGCUGGUCGGGGUGGAGAGUGCCUGCAAUGUGGACUGCCGCUUCAAGCUCGGCUCCCACAAGAUGGUGUUCAUCGUCAACUCCGAGGACUACAUGUACCGCCGCGGGACCCUCUGCCGGGCCAAGCAGGUGCAGCCCCUGGUCCUGCUGCGGCACCACCAGCACUUCGAGGAGUGGCACGGCCGCUGGCUGGAGCAGCACGUGACGGGGGAGGCGGCCAGCCUGGUGCAGGACUGGCUGAUGGGCGAGGAGGACGAGGACAUGGUGCCCUGCCAGACGCUCUGCGAGACGGCGCACGUGCAUGGCUUCCCCGUGACCCGCUACCACGUGCAGUACAGCCGCCGGCCCGCCUCGCCCUGACCCCUGACCCCUCGGCCCCCCGCGCCCUGCCUGCCCCCCUCACUCCCUCACUCUGACCCCGCCUGGCCACGGGCGGACGGGGCAGCAGCCCGGGGGAGAGCUUGGCCCCUGGCAUCCCCAUGCCACUCCCCCCGGCCUCUCGCCUGGGCAGACCCGAGACCCCCUACCCCCAUCUCCGUGGGCAGCCCCUGGCCCAGCCUGGGGAAGACGGGUCAGGGCAGCUGGGGGUCCCAGGACUUGCUACUGGACAGGGGACCAGGACCUGCGGGAUCUGCUCGGGGGGGAGCCCAGUGGGCCAGAGAGUCUGACUUGGGGGACCUAGCGAUGUCUAGCCCCGGACUGACCUGCUGGGACAGGCGUCCACCACGCCGGGCGGGGCCUGGGGUCCUCGACGACACAUGAGCUGACCAUGGGCUCCACACUGGGAGUGGUGGGCUCAGCUCUGUCUCCCCAGCAGCUGGCCUGCCGGGCCCUGCAGAAGUGCCCGGAAUCUGCCCGGCGCUCUGUAGGAGAGGUGCCAAAGCACACAUGCGUUGCCCUUGCACACACGCCCACUGGGGGGUGGGGUGGCGUCUGCACAGGUGAACCCCACAGCCUCUUAGAGGCAAACGUUCUCUUCCUGGACUUCGUGUACCCCAGCACCCCCAUUUGUGCAGCUGCCUCGGGGGCUGAGGCAACCAGCCUGCGGGGGCAUCCAAGGCUUUCUGUGCCAAGAACCCCAAGCGGCUGGGGCUGGGGGCCCCUGUAGACAUGCGUGCCACACACAGAGGCCCCCUGGACUGUCUCCCGCCAGCCUGGUGGCCCCCACGGGAGCUACACGGCUCCCCUCUGCUCGGCCACAGCCUCCCAGUCCCUCCCGCAGCAGAGCUGUGCCAAACUCACGGUUUCUAGAAGUUUCCUGUGGAACUCGAGGCUCGUAAUGCCCUUGAUUCUGGCCUGCAAGGUCCCGUCCAGGGCCUCGUCGCCCGGGUCUUUCGGGGUGUCCUCUGGGCACUCCGUAAGCACCCUUGUUUGUGAGAAGGGAGCUUGUGUGCGGAUUUCCGGCCCAGCCUUCCUGCAUGCGUCUUGGAGCACUCCCUCUGCCGUCGAGGGGCCUCUGUCCCGGGGCUCGCACCCUCUCUGCAGCUGUUCUGAAUGCAGUCCCUCCUUUUCUAUUUAUUUGCACAUUAAAGUUAAAAAUUAAA